UAUGUGUUCCGCCCACAUUUAACAAUCAUGUUCUUUCACCGAUCCUAUAACGUCGACAAGACCUACGAACUUCUAACUUGUGAUGGUGAGGUAUGUGUCGUCUGGAAACGGCAAACAAAAUCAGAACUCUUAGUGAAGCAGGGAUGUCUUUCGGGCGUGGAUACGCAUUUCACGGCGAAAAUCGGUUGCAGGACAAACUUAGCCGGCGCUUCGAUGUGUAUUUGCAACGAUGGUGAUCAAUGCAAUCAUGUCGAACGGAUAGAGGAUACCUUACGUCCACUUCCAGUUGUAAGACUUCCUCUAGUGGAGUGUAUAAGCAAAGUGACAAGUACCAAUAUAGCCGAUACUCGAAGAGAACGGUUGUGCUUCUCUAAUUAUUGCCACAAGACAAGGACAGAAUCAUAUUCCGGAGAAUUUCCUCCUGAUGUCAUAACUCUGUACAACUGCGGUGACAAAAGUGAAUUCGAUUUCGAUUUACGCUUGAGGAACAGUAUAGAUUUCCCAGCACUCUACCCCAAUGGAUGCUAUCGCAUUCAGUAUCAACCGAAGCAGAGUGUAACCGACUGCUUUUGCUCAAAGAAUCACUGCAAUACGAAUCUUCCACUGGUACGAACUGGACCAGUUCGAUGCUACGUCAUCUACGACCACCUUCAGGUGAAUAAAAAGCAUUUCUGCAAUGGCGACUAUUGCUUCGUGCAAAAACAUAGCGGCAAGUACGCCAAAGGCUGUGUGUCGGUAAACGAACGCAAUAGCUUGAGUCACUUAAAGAGUGGUUAUCGGCGUAUAUUAGACGUGGAACAGUGGUUAUGUCAAAAUCAUCUUUGUAAUUUUGACCUGGCCAGAGUUAUGCGAGCAAUCUCUCCUAGUCGUCAAACAAAGGGCAGAUUUAGCAGAUCUUCUAAUAGUUGUCCAUUCUCCGUUGUUACUUUCAUACUACUUCUCGUUGCUAGGUUUCCUUCUACAUGA